CCAUCUUCUCCCAACCCUUUUACAGAAAACAACAAAAAUUAGGAACUCUCACUGCACCGAAACACGAUACCCUCUCGUCUUCAUAUCCGUGCGUUUGUAUUGAGAGAAAGAGCACACCUUUGGUGAGAGAGAGAAGAGAGGGAAUUUAGCGAUGCUUUGUUCGGGUCGACUUUUAGCAGGUUCGUACUCCGUAACGCCUUUGUUUCGUCACAAUUACACACCCUCUAACUCUAGAGUUCUUCAAAAAAAGCUCGAAUCGGGCCUGAAAUGGCGACCCAUGGCGUCGGAGCCCGAUGCUUCCUCUUUUGCGUCUUCCAUUGAUUCUGAUUCAACUGAUCAAAGUGCUACUGGAUUCUGUAUCAUUGAAGGACCUGAAACUGUUCAGGAUUUUGCUAAAAUGGAACUGCUAGAAAUUCAAGAUAAUGUUCGAAGUCGCCGAAACAAGAUCUUUUUGCAUAUGGAGGAGGUUCGCAGGCUGAGGAUACAACAAAGAAUCAGAAGUGCUGAACUUGGAAUAUUGACGGAAGAGCAAGAAAAUGAACUUCCUAACUUCCCAUCAUUUAUUCCUUUUUUGCCUCCACUGAGUUCAGCUAAUCUUAAGCAAUAUUAUGCCACUUGUUUUUCUCUCAUUGCUGGGAUUAUCCUUUUUGGUGGUCUUGUAGCACCUGCUUUAGAGCUUAAGUUGGGACUGGGAGGCACAUCAUAUGAAGACUUUAUCCGUAACAUGCAUCUGCCAUUGCAGUUGAGUGAGGUCGAUCCUAUAGUGGCGUCAUUUUCUGGAGGAGCAGUUGGGGUGAUUUCAGCCUUGAUGGUAGUUGAAAUAAACAAUGUAAAGCUGCAGGAGCAUAAAAGAUGCAAAUAUUGUCUUGGGACUGGAUAUCUUGCUUGUGCUCGCUGUUCAAGCACAGGAGCACUUGUUCUUAUUGAACCAGUAGCGACAGUUAAUGGUGGAGAUCAGCCUCUAUCACCACCUAAAACAGAGAGGUGUUCAAACUGCUCCGGAUCGGGAAAGGUUAUGUGCCCUACAUGCCUCUGUACAGGGAUGGCAAUGGCAAGCGAGCACGACCCAAGAAUUGACCCCUUUGAUUAGAAAAUUUAUGCUUCUUAUUUCAUGCUUCCCUCCGUCUAUCCCUCGAGAUGUAAAGCUUUUGCGCUGCAUGUAUAAUAAUGACAAUAAUCAGCAUUUUCUGUAUACAUAGUUCAAUAAUUUAUAAUUCUGUGGGAGCCAACCCUCUGUCUGCCCCUUCCAAAAGCAGAAUGUAGAACAAACUUCCAAUUCCGCUUUAUUAAGUUAUCCCUAAUUUUAAACUAUAAUUCAUACUAAGCGUGUAUAUUUAAUUUUUGGGUAAUUUCGGAACAAUGAAAUUACUCUUUUGUCAAUGUUAUUUUAAUGCAUUUGUCAUUCAAAAUAUA